CUCCUGAGUUCUGACACCAGCUUUUUUUUCUUAUUUUAUAUGGGCGAGCAGAGAGAAAGGUGGAGACAUAUUAAUCGCACACUGACUGGCGAGACAAGCACUCAAUCCACGAGACAGCGACACACAUCUGCACCGUAGACAACCAUGGACUUGAGGCUGACAGAUGCUCUGGGUGGCAGUGGAGGUGCUGUACCAGGUGGAGCUCCUGCCGAUGCUUUAUUGAAGAGGGACUUUAUGAGCGCAUUGGAGAAGGAGAGCUAUGACGACAAGGUGGGAGAGAAAAUGUCCAAAAGUGACUACCGACCUCUCUUAGACGGAAAGGACAACAAAAGUGGGUCCGCCAUGACGUCAUCAAUGAUGCAAACAGGUGGACGUCCAAACCCAGCUGGACAGCCAACAUUCACCUCUGACUACUUAUCUGGUCCUAUGGUCGGCGGAAUGACGGAUCAGUGGGGACAGAACAAGACCAAGGAUAGCAGCAUGCCUGACUCGUCUUUAGGAUUCCCUUCAUCUGGAAUGAGUGGGACCAUUGGGUCAAGCAUGCCACCACCGUUUCAAACUGGUGUCAACUCGGCUCUUGGCGGGUUGGGCAAAGCUUUGGACACUCAGAAGACCGCCGGUCUGGUUAGCUCAGAGCCCCAAAACAUUAGUAACACCAGUGGGAACAACCCGUUCAAAACCAGUGAUCCCUUUUCUUCUGGCGCUCCCGGGAACCAAAGUUUGACUCACAGUCCAGCUCCCAUCCUCUCUCCCAGCGGCUCAGUGGAUGACAGCAGCCCCACCUCCUCCACUUCCGAACACCUCAGUCCUGAGCACUUUGGGGCGGGGUGUGAGGCCGGCAAGCAACAGCAAAGACGGAAGAAGAAGAAGAGGAAGGACAGUGACGAGGUGCACAGCAUCUUGAAUAGCCGGGACAAUAACGGCCAGUACGACAAACAUGGGUCACAGGAUAAGGGGGAACAGUGGGUGGAGGAUGAUGAGGAAGAGAACUGGGAGUGGGGAGUCAAAGACGGUGGAGCAGGGGGUCGAGUCAGAGGCAGGAAAUCUAAGAGUCGGGCAAGACUACCGGAGGAGUGGGGCGCGCCGCAGAAAGCAACGUCUCUUACUUCCGAUACUGUGGCUCCUACCUGGGCUACAGUAGCAGACAAAGGCCCUUUGGACUCCGACGCUCGGAAUUCCAACAAAAGUCAAUGUUUUCCCUCCAUGCAAAUACCGACAAGUUCCACUGAUCACUCCCGCAGUGUUCUAGCUACAGAGUCAUCGUCACGCUCCAAUGACUGGCAAAAUGUGACCAGCAAACCUCAACCUGUUAUCAGCUCAGCUGGCAACACUCCCAGCAAGAGUAGCGUGGCCGGGGCUGUUAGGGAUGAUUUAGCAUUCUUGACAGGGGACAAUCUGAGCCCAGUCUCCCAGACAUUCUCUUUUCUCGAUUCAGUCCUCCAGACCCCGCCAGAUUCAACUCCUGACUCACAGAACCCCACCCCUAUCACCAACACCCCCUCUCUUGCCUCGGCAGCCUUGUCCACAUCAGUGGAAGCAGAUGUCCCUUCUUCACAGACUACAGUUGUUUCACCCUCACCUGUCAAAGAAACCCAUCGUCCCAAAACUACGUUUGAAUCAGUCCUCAACGCUGAUGCUAAGCCCUUUGUCCCCUCCGCCUCACUCAUGUCCUCCACAAGCUCUUUACCUGCAGCCACUACGGUCGUUAGUGCAUUACCAUCCUCCGGCACCGGUGGCACUGAAUUUACACAACUUAGUUGUCCUCCUAUCACAAACAGUGAAAUCCCUAAACCUCCGUCACCAGACACUGUCCCCAAAGCUGCCGGCACUCUCCCUUUUUCCACCACAGUCUCUCCCUCUCUCCUUGCACACUCCAAGAACCAGGAGUCUGCAUCACCACUGGAAGGUUGGUGAACUACAGGAAAGACUAAAUAACAUGGGGCUAUAGCAAACAAUGCUUCAUGCUUGGAAAGCUUCUAAUAUGUUUUUUAUGUAUUUAUUUAUUUUAUUUUGCAUGUGUUUUUUUUCAAUUGAGUACCAGACUCCCUUGGUCCUUGCUCUAUUUGUAAUUAUUUGCAGGGCCCAACAGUUGAAACAAGCUGUGUUUAAGAAAUGUAGUGUAGAACAUGAAGUACAGUGCUAGUACUCAGAGGUGUGGACUUGGACUCCAGUUGCAAUUUUAAAGACUUUGGACUCGACCUGAAAAUAUCACCAUAUACUUGCACUCGACAUCAAUUGCUGCAUUUCCAUUGCAGUUUUUUGCUAAAUAAAAGCGAUAUUUCUAAAAAUUUCGACAAAGUGUUUACAAUAACGCUGUAAUCCUGGUAAAUACUCAUCCCGCGAGACUCUAUUUUGAGGAAGGUAUUGCAGACACCCGUGCCGUGAUGUCAAUAGAUUACGAAGGCUGCGAGUGAAGGCCCCUUCGACACUGUUAGGGCAAGCCUGCGGGUCAGCCUCUAUUGCUGGGAAGGGACCCGCGAGAUGGCUCGGUGCAGCGGUGCCGCCUCGCUCCCUUCCAGCUGAUCGAUUGGAGUCUUACCACCCCCUCGACAUUGUCCGGGUAAUGUGGGUCUCUCCAAGCCUGCGGGUAGGCCUCCAUUGACGGGAAGGGACCGCGAGACGGCCCGGUGCAGCGCUGCGCCUCGCUCCCCCCCAGGCGACCGAUUGGAGACUUACGGCCCCCUUGACAUUGUUUGGGCAUGUGGGUCUCUCCGACCGAGCCUGCGGGUCAGCCUCCACUGCUAGGAAGGGAUCUGCAAAACGGAUGCCCGCUUCCCCAGGGUGACUGAUCGGACGUGAAACAAGACAACCUGUGUGCCAUAGUUGUCCUGCGUUGGCACCCCUCCAGUUCGGUGUUUAUUUUUGAAAAGUGAUUCCGUCGUACUUUUGUGAAACAUUUCAAUAUCAAAACGUCUCAAAAACCCCCUCAUGAGAGCGCAGAAAUGUUUCAGCAAUAUUUGACGUUUAUCGAAAUAUGGGUGCUUCCCUCACCAGUUUCUUAUUGAGAUCUUUAGGUUUUGCACAUUUCUCAGUUUGAUGGAAUGCAGCCACUGACAACUUUAAAACUUUAUAAGAUUUGAGUGAUUAUGUGAGGGUGUCCAGUAAUUGUGUCCCCGGUUGUAAUUCCCAUCCAUCCGUCCAUCUUCUUCCGCUUAUCCGAGGUCAGGUCACGGGGGUAGCAGCCUAAGCACGGAAGCCCAGACUUCCCUCUCCCCAACUACUUUGUCCACCUCCUGCCGGGGGAUCCCGAGGCAUUCCCAGGCCAGCCGGGAGACAUAGUCUUCCCAACGUGUCCUGGGUCUUUCCCUUGGCCUCUUACUGGUCGGACGUGCCCGAAACACCUCCUUAGGGAGGUGUUCGGGUGGCAUCCUGAGCAGAUGCCUGAACCACCUCAUCUGUCUCCUCUCGAUGUGGAGGAGCAGUGGCUUUACUUUGAGCUCCUCCCUGAUGACAGAGCUUCUCACCCUAUCUCUAAGGGAGAGCCCGUCACCCGGCGGACGAAACUCUUUUCAGCCACUUGUACUUGUCCUUUUGGUCAUAACUCAAAGCUCAUGACCAUAGGUGAGGAUGGGAACGUAGAUCAACCGGUAAUUUGAGAGCUUUGCAGAGGAAGAGUUCAAGUACCUGGCUGUAAUAUAAAAAAUAUAUUUUUAAUACUACUAGUCAUGGCCACCCUUCCUUUCGCCAUCUGUGUUUGAAUGUGAUGUAUUAUGCAAAACACUUUUGGUAUCAAUCUAGGUAUGGUAAAGUGUAUAAAUACAGACCAUUUCCCAUUUGAAUAUCUUGCCUAUGUUACAACUUUGCAUUGCAGUAUAAUCGCCAAGGACAUGAUCCGGAAACCACGACUCGGUGUCAAAGAUAUUGUAGCAUGCAAGACUAAUGCGCAAGGUCUCCUUGUAGCAAUUGAUACAAGAUACUGUUUUAUUUGUCAUUUCCCUUCAAGAUCUCUUUACAGUCAACCCGUAGAAAGUGGCGAGGUGUUCCAUCAGAGGCAACCAAUCAAAUUGGGAUAAGGACGAUUGGGUUCAGGCGAAUAUAUACAUUCCAAUGUUUGUCAGCUAUGAUUGCCUGUUCCAUUCCGCCUUGCCGCAUUGUUAUGCACUUAUAGAUUUAGUUCAUCCCAUCAAUCGUGACGGGAAGCCUCUGGGUACCCUAAACUGCAGCCGUUAUCGUCCCAAAGGAAAACGCUCAAUCAAAUCAGCAGACCCUGUUAUCAUUGUUCCAAAUAGGUAGAUACUUCGAUGUCCUCAAAGAAAGAAUCCCCAGGCACAGGACCCUCCACUUCUUCAACGUGCUCAUGGAUGCUCAGGAUAGGGAGGUUUCCCCAAACCCGAGCUUCUCGUUGAGACAGACCUUGUCGACUGCGUUGAGAGACCAGAGUAUCACGUCUGCUUUAGGUUUGGAGAACAGUGCGGUUGUGUGUCUCCAAAUAAGUUGAGAUGAAGAAGUAACAAAGAAGGGAAAGAUAACGGAGAGGGAAGGGAAGUGACCGGCUUCAUUGAGAGCAAGAAUGGAAGUGCACCCUUUGUAGUAAGCUAGUCCUUUCACGUUUACUACAAAACAGGCCAGGAAUUGACUACACAACAAGCUAUCCAAACAUACGGUCCCAUAAGAUUAAAACAGCACAGGCAUGUGGCGGCCAUCUUAGUCAGGGCAACGUUCAAAUUAUAAUGACAAUAAAACAUAAUUUGCUCAUUUUUCAACCGAUUUUCAUGCGGUUAAUUUAAAUUCAACGGUGACUUAAGACUUGACUUGAACCAGGGAUCAAAGACUUCGGACUUAGUUUAGACUUGCAAUUCAUUGACUUACUCUCACCUCUGCUAGUACUUAGCACAAUACUGGUUUAGUUGGGCCCUAAAUGAGUAAACCGUCAGGUGCUACAUUUCAUGUCUAAUUGCUUGUUGUCUCCUGCCUGAUGCUGUGUGUUGCUCUACAGAGUCAUCCAUAACCUCUUUUCACUUGAUAUACCUCCUCUGAUGUCCUUCCUCCCCGCAGUGGCCUCUAUGCCAUAGAACAAGGCUGUCCAAACUUCUUCCAGCGAGGGCCGCGUCAAUAAAAACUGAAGACAUUUUGUACAUUAACUAUACUAAAACCAAUACAAUAUAGGUCAACCAAUAUAUGCUAAACCAUCUGAAGACAACAUCCAUAUUUUAGCUUUUGGAUAUUGGUAUCAAAGCACAUUCUAUGUUAUUUUGCCCUAAUUUAAGAAUUUUCAAGCACAUAAAUGUCCAAAUUACUUAGAUACCAGACAGUAGUAUUGGCCACGAAGCGAGACAAAAACUAUCAAACUGCGCUGUUCAGUAUCGUGGCCACUGAUUGGCUCAGCCUCAGCCAGCAUUAUCAACUCCAACAUGCUAACUUUUACAGCGAAUUUUGCAGUGGAAUGCCUCAAAUGAAUGUAACUUGGCUUUUGACAUAUGCUAACUGUUAGAAUGCUAGCAUUAUAACAUUAGCAUGCAUUUUUUUGGGCCAAAUUUGUAGCCGAAUUCCUUACACUCAUUUAACUUGGUACUUGACAUAUGCUAACAUUUGCGUGUUAACUCGUUUAGCCAAUUUUGCAGCCGAACACCCAAGACUCCUAGGACUUGGUACUUGACACAUGCAGAAUGUUAGCAUGCUAGGAUAGGAAAUUUUCAUGCUAACUUUUAUUUAGCCAAUUUUGCAGCCAAACACCUCAGUCUCAUAUAACUUGGUGCUUGAAGAUGUUAACUGUUACCAUGCUAGCAUUAUAAAAUUAGCAUGCUAACUUAUUUUUGUACAUUUUGAAGCCAAACAUCACAGACUCAUAGGACUUGGUAUUUGACACAUGCUAACUGUUAGAAUGCUAACUUUACCAGUCUAGCAUGCCAACAUUAACAUUCUCACAUGCUAAUGUUACCAUUAUAGCAUGUUAACAUUAGCAUGCUAACUUUUUUUUAGCCAGCUAUGCAGCGGAACUGCUUAGUCAUAUACCCCGGUGCUUUGAAUAUGCUAACAUUAGCAUGCUAACUUGUUUUUUAGCCAAUUUUGCAGUCAAACACCUCAGACUCAUAGGACUUGGUACUUGACACAUGUGAAUUGUUAGCAUGCUAGCAUUAUAACAUUAGCAUGCUAACUUUUUUUUGCCAAUUUUGCAGCCAAACACCUCAGACUCAUAGGACUUGGUACUUGACACAUGCUAACUGUUAGAAUGCUAACUUUACCAGUCCAACAUGCUAACAUUAGCAUUCUGGCUGGCCAACGUUGGCAUUCUAGCAUGCAAAUUAUAGCAUGCUAACUUUUUUAGACAACUAUGCAGCGGAACACCUCAGUCAUAUAACUUGGCAUGCUAACAUUAGCAUGCAAUUUUUUUUUGGGGCCAAACACUUCAGACUCAUAGCACUUGGUAUUUGACACAUCGUAACCGUUAUCAUGCUAACGUUACCAUUCUGACAUGCUAAAAUAAGAAUGCUCUCUUUUUUAACUAAUUAUGCAUUGGAAUACCUGAGAGUCAUACAGUUGGUACUUGGCACAUGCUAACUGUAAAGAUGUUAACGUUUGUACGUUAAAAUGCUAACAUUAAUGUGCUAACUUUUUUCAGCCAAUUUUGCAGCCUAAAACCUCAGACUUAUCGGACUUGGUAUUUGAUACAUGCUGUUAGCAUGUUAACUCUUUUAGCUAAUUACGCAGCAGAACACUUCAGAGUCAUAUGACUUCGUACUUUACACAUGCUAACUGUAAGCAUGCUACCAUUAGCAUGCUAAUCUUUUGUUUUACUCACGGACGCUUCAGUCAUAUGACGUCGUACUUGGCGCACUCAAACUGUUAGCAUGCUAACAUUAGCAUUUGACUUUGGCUCUCACAUUUCAGCAUUCACUUACAAUUUCUGCUAAAUUUGCAGUUGUUUUAUUUGUGUCAUGUUCUAUUCCGGAAUGUUUUUAUUUUUUCUGUAUAAUUUGUCGAGGGCAAAUCAAAUAAACACAGCCGCCAUAGAAAAACAGACAUUACCUAGCUAGCAUGAAACGUCAGUAAGUCACAGCUGUCGUUCUCUAAAAGCUCUCUGAACCUUUAUGUGAUUCACAGCUGUCAUAUAUUAGGUUGUGCUUUGUUACACGAUGGACCAAAACAACCCACCAUCUUUGGUGCAACAACCCUGUGCUGCGUUUUGUUCAGUAACCUCUGAGUGAUCUCUACUCAGUCUCUGGCCACCUGUGGCCUCGGUUCGUUCAAUAUCCUACGCAGUUUGUAGAACAGAAACCUGACCAGUAAGUGCCAGUGAUUGCAAAAUAUCAUUCACUCUAUAGGAGGGGCAUUCUAUGGGGGUGGCAUCGCUAUCUACAUUCUUGCACUGUUUUCCAACAUGAGUCAAUCGGAAGCCAUCUGAAUAAUGUCAUCUGCGACCAUACUGGACAGGUUUAACACUUCCUAUAGUUUUUAUUGUAUGCUAACCAGUUAGCAAAAAAAUAAUAAAUUUCUAACAUUGUCCUUCUCUCUCUCUCCUUUCCCUCUUUCUCUCUCUCUCUCUCUCUCUCUCACAAUGCUGUCAACGACGUACAGCCCCAGGUAAGUUGUAUUUCUAUAAGUCAUGCGUGUUGUGCACAUUACACAGGUUUUAAUGUA